CCACAUCUGAGCUCAGCCAGCGGGUAAUAUUGAAUGAAAAGAAUAUGAUCAUUCAGAUGGAAGGAUAACAUGAGACCUGGCACAGGACAUACAGCUUUAGCCUCAGCAUCCUGCAAUGAAAUCUGGCCGGUGAUGCAGUGAGCAAAAUGCAUGCUCACUUCAUUUCUCACAGAGACACUGCUAUGAAGGACACCUGAAGAUUUAUUUUGGUUUUGUAUGACUGGAGUGAUGUCUUUCGUGGUUAUUGUGGUACCAGGAUAUGCACGUGAAAUUGUGUUGAAUUUAUAACGGUCGCAACACGUUGAUUAAUCAUCAGGAGGUCAAGGUGUCAUUCAAUCUUCAUACAUGGGAUGACGUCUGGGCGUUUGUCCUGUCCCAUCAACCCCAACCCCGUCUCCUGUCUGUCUGUGGUUCCUGACGGCAGCCGCUCAUGAGACGCUUUGUGUAUUGUAAGGUGGUACUGACCACCUCUCUGGUGUGGGUGCUGAUGGAUGUCUUCCUGCUGCUGUACUUCAGUGAGUGCAACAAAUGUGACAACAAGAAGGAUGGCUCACUGCUACCAGUGCUCAGAGCGGUGAUGUCUCGCACACACGAGGCACCAGGUGAAAUGGGGAAGGCAGUGAUCAUUCCUAAAGAUCAGCAGGAGAAGAUGAAGGAGCUCUUUAAAAUCAAUCAGUUCAACCUGAUGGCCAGUGACAUGAUCGCACUCAACAGAAGUCUGCCUGAUGUCAGACUGGAUGGCUGUAAGACUAAGACAUAUCCAGAGGAGCUGCCAAACACCAGCAUUGUGAUUGUGUUUCAUAAUGAGGCGUGGAGUACACUACUGAGAACAAUACACAGCGCUUUAAACCGUUCGCCGCGACACCUGCUGCUGGAGAUACUGCUGGUGGAUGAUGCCAGUGAAAGAGAUUUUCUGAAGAAGAAAUUGGAAGACUAUGUUGCGACUCUGGAAGUUCCAGUGCGGAUUUUGAGGAUGGAACAACGAUCAGGUUUGAUUCGAGCGCGGCUGAGAGGAGCGGCCGCCACACAAGGACAGGUCAUCACCUUCCUGGACGCCCACUGUGAGUGCACUGUCGGGUGGUUGGAGCCGCUACUGGCCCGCAUCAAAGAGGACCGGAGAGCUGUGGUCUGCCCUAUCAUUGAUGUCAUCAGUGAUGAGUCAUUUGAGUACAUGGCCGGCUCUGAUAUGACCUACGGCGGUUUCAACUGGAAACUGAACUUUAGAUGGUAUCCGGUUCCUCAGAGAGAGAUGGACCGGCGCAAAGGAGAUCGUACCCUCCCUGUCAGAACGCCCACAAUGGCCGGAGGUUUGUUCUCUAUUGACCGCGCGUAUUUUGAAGAGAUUGGCACAUAUGACUCAGGCAUGGACAUAUGGGGAGGAGAAAAUCUGGAGAUGUCCUUCAGGAUCUGGCAGUGUGGUGGAUUUUUAGAGAUAGUCACAUGUUCUCAUGUUGGACAUGUAUUCCGGAAAGCCACACCCUACAGCUUCCCUGGUGGAACUGGUCACGUGAUCAACAAGAACAACAGACGAUUGGCUGAAGUCUGGAUGGAUGAGUUCAAAGAUUUUUUCUACAUCAUCUCACCAGGUGUGGUUCGAAUGGAUUAUGGAGAUGUCUCCUCUCGGAAGGCUUUAAGGGAGGCUCUGAAGUGUAAACCCUUCUCAUGGUACCUGGAAAACAUUUACCCUGACGCUCAGAUUCCACGCCGAUAUUACUCACUUGGAGAGAUAAGAAAUGUUGAGACCAACCAGUGUGUGGAUAACAUGGGCCGCAAAGAGAAUGAAAAGGUUGGUUUUUUCAACUGUCACGGAAUGGGCGGCAACCAGGUGUUUUCAUACACCGCUGAUAAAGAGAUACGUACAGAUGAUCUGUGUCUGGAUGUGUCACGGCUCAAUGGACCUGUUGUCAUGCUGAAGUGCCACCACAUGAAGGGGAACCAGAUGUUUGAAUAUGAUGCAGAGCGGCUGACUCUGCUGCAUGUGAACAGUAACCAGUGUCUAGACAUGCCAUCUGAGGAGGAGAAGAUGGUGCCCACUCUCAGAGAAUGUAACGGCCGGCGCUCACAGCAAUGGAUCCUCAGGAACAUGACGUUAAGUGUUUGACAGAGACGCUAACAACCAGUACAGACAUGAACCUUGAGCUGGUUUAUGGACAUCUUUACAGUGCUAUGAACUGUACAUUUCUGGUCCUUGGUCAAGUCCUGCCAGCCUUUGAUCAGAACACGUUUACUGACUCUAAGUCUGCAGUACAGACAUGGCUGGAUCAUGGUCCCGCAAGGCUCCUGGGCACUUGUCUGGCCGGCUGAGGUUUAAACGCUUACUGCCUCUGAUCCAAGCAUUUGCUGCUGGCUACAUCUGCUGCUUAUCUUGUGUUGGAGAUCUGGUGCCUCUUAAAGGGAUAGUUCAUCGCAAAAUGAAAAUUCACCUUGUGUUUCCAUGGAAAAAAUAACCAUAUGGAACCACAUGAGAACAAGGAGCGAAUUUUCAUUUUUUGUCUGAACUAUAUAUUAAAUAUCCUACACAUCAUAUCUUGGACUAUAUAACUCAUACAUUUGUUUAAGCUGGCCUCCAUGUAUCAUGUGCUGAACAUAACGCUGGGCUCUGUUUUCUCUUCAUCACCUGAAGGGAUUGUGCAUUGGUUAGUUGACUGUGUACUAAACAUACUGUUUUAUUUGCUGCUGUUUCUAUCCCAGCUGUCCACUCAUUAUCUUGACUUUCAUCCAUCUCAUUGGGGCUGCAAUAUAUACUGACAUGCCUUAAGAAAUCAUGGUGAUAAGAAAGGGACGUAGACAGCAAAAUAGAACAGAAAGACUGAAAGCAUGCAUUGUCUGAAUAUCUGUCACAUACAAGGCAGGAUUUAAUUACAUUAGUCAUUAUUGAUUUUUAGCAGUUUAUAUAAGUGUUAUUUAUGAUCUUUGUGUUGUAUCUGUGAUGUGUGAAAGAUGCAUAUCUAUUAGUUUGUGUCAUUCUUCCGUGUCAUAACUCAUAUGAUGUAUUUGACUGAAUUCUGCAUAGUUUUACUGAUUGUCCUUAAAGGUCAGGGGACAACAGGGCUCAACCUUAAACCUUAAAAUCUACAUUCAAAAGCGUUACACAAGUCAAGAAGCAAAAUUUGAGAUGUGCUGUGCAAAAGAACAUUUUCAAAUUUACUUUGCUGAAUUUGGUUGCAUAGAAUUAGAACGCAUAAGUAUUUUAAAGUGUAUUGGAUAUUUAAAAAAAAAUAAAAAGCACACACUUAGUUUGUAAAAUAAUAUUAUUUUUAUUUUAUUUCAGAGUGAAUCCCAAAAGGAAAUAAAUGACGCUAUAUUUCACACUAUGAAGAAAAUUAUGCCUAAGACUAUUAAGAAAAAAAAAUAAAAAUAAUAUAUAUUAUUAUUAUACUCCCCUAAAGGAUUAUUAGGAACACCUGUUCAAUUUCUCAUUAAUGCAAUUAUCUAAUCAACCAAUCACAUGGCAGUUGCUUCAAUGCAUUUAGGGGUGUGGUCCUGGUCAAGACAAUCUCCUGAACUCCAAACUGAAUGUCAGAAUGGGAAAGAAAUGUGUUUUAAGCAAUUUUGAGCGUGGCAUGGUUGUUGGUGCCAGACGGGCCGGUCUGAGUAUUUCACAAUCUGCUCAGUUACUGGGAUUUUCACGCACAACCAUUUCUAGGGUUUACAAAGAAUGGUGUGAAAAGGGAAAAACAUCCAGUAUGCGGCAGUCCUGUGGGCGAAAAUGCCUUGUUGAUGCUAGAGGUCAGAGGAGAAUGGGACGAGUGAUUCAAGCUGAUAGAAGAGCAACUUUGCCUGAAAUAACCACUCGUUACAACCGAGGUAUGCAGCAAAGCAUUUGUGAAGCCACAACACGCACAACCUUGAGGCGGAUGGGCUACAACAGCAGAAGACCCCACCGGGUACCACUCCUCUCCACUACAAAUAGGAAAAAGAGGCUACAAUUUGCAAGAGCUCACCAAAAUUGGACAGUUGAAGACUGGAAAAAUGUUGCCUGGUCUGAUGAGUCUCGAUUUCUGUUGAGACAUUCAGAUGGUAGAGUCAGAAUUUGGCGUAAACAGAAUGAGAACAUGGAUCCAUCAUGCCUUGUUACCACUGUGCAGGCUGGUGUUGGUGGUGUAAUGGUGUGGGGGAUGUUUUCUUGGCACACUUUAGGCCCCUUAGUGCCAAUUGGGCAUCGUUUAAAUGCCACGGCCUACCUGAGCAUUGUUUCUGACCAUGUCCAUCCCUUUAUGGCCACCAUGUACCCAUCCUCUGAUGGCUACUUCCAGCAGGAUAAUGCACCAUGUCACAAAGCUCGAAUCAUUUCAAAUUAGUUUCUUGAACAUGACAAUGAGUUCACUGUACUAAAAUGGCCCCCACAGUCACCAGAUCUCAACCCAAUAGAGCAUCUUUGGGAUGUGGUGGAACGGGAGCUUCGUGCCCUGGAUGUGCAUCCCACAAAUCUCCAUCAACUGCAAGAUGCUAUCCUAUCAAUAUGGGCCAACAUUUCUAAAGAAUGCUUUCAGCACCUUGUUGAAUCAAUGCCACGUAGAAUUAAGGCAGUUCUGAAGGUGA